CUGUCCUGUCCACCCUUUCCUUUAUAAAUUAAUCCGUCGUCUCUCCAACGAAACUCGAACUUCUUCUUCAGGGGAAGGGAACGAUUAACCCAAUGGACACCCAUGGUUCCUCUUUCGCUAACCUCCGCAGCUACCUCGCCGCCCUGGCUCAGACGCCAUCCCGUUUGGCUCGGCGUGCCGGCUCUUUAUCCACUUCCUAUGAGGAAAUGAGCCGGAUCAGGGCCCGUUCCGGAUGCGACAUGCAGAGGACCCUCCGGUGGUUCGACCUCGUGGGGCUCGGAAUCGGAGGCAUGGUUGGAGCUGGUGUCUUCGUCACCACUGGCCGAGCCAGCCACCACUACGCUGGUCCCGCCAUCGUCAUCUCCUACGCCAUUGCUGGCCUCUGCGCCCUCCUCUCUGCCUUUUGCUACACCGAGUUCGCUGUCCACAUGCCAGUUGCCGGCGGCGCCUUCAGCUACCUCCGCAUCACCUUCGGAGAAUUUGCCGCAUUCCUGACUGGAGCGAACCUGAUAAUGGAAUACGUGAUGUCGAACGCUGCAGUGGCCAGGGGUUUCACAUCUUAUUUAGGGGCGGCGAUUGGUAUAUCCACCGCGAAAUGGAGAUUCACGGUCUCCGCCCUCCCAAAAGGCUUUAACGAAAUCGAUUUGGUCGCUGCAGCAGUCGUUCUUCUGGUCACUCUAAUCAUCUGUUACAGUACGAGGCAAAGUUCGGUGGUGAACAUGAUAUUGACAGCACUCCACAUACUUUUCAUAGCUUUUGUGAUACAGAUAGGGUUCUGGAAAGGUGAUUUGAAAAAUUUUACUCGACCCGGCAAUCCCGAACAUCCUUCCGGGUUCUUCCCGUUCGGAGCUCCGGGCGUGUUCCACGGCGCCGCCAUGGUUUAUUUAAGUUACAUUGGGUACGACGCCGUUUCGACCAUGGCGGAAGAAGUUCGGAACCCGGUGAAGGAUAUUCCCAUCGGAGUUUCUGGCUCCGUCAUCAUCGUCACCGUUCUCUACUGUCUCAUGGCCGCUUCCAUGUCCAUGCUCCUUCCCUAUGACAUGAUCGAUGAGGAGGCACCGUUUUCGGCGGCGUUCAGAGGGAGAUCGGACGGCUGGGAGUGGGUGUCGAAUGUGAUAGGGGUAGGGGCCAGCUUUGGGAUCUUGACGUCGCUUUUGGUGGCGAUGCUGGGGCAGGCUCGGUACCUUUGCGUGAUCGGUCGGUCCAACGUGGUCCCCACAUGGUUUGCGAGGGUACACCCUACAACAUCCACGCCUGUCAACGCCUCCGCUUUUCUUGGAAUCUUCACGGCUGCAAUUGCCAUUUUCACUGAUCUUAACGUCCUCCUAAACCUGGUUUCCAUCGGUACUCUCUUCGUGUUUUACAUGGUGGCAAAUGCUGUAAUUUAUAGACGUUAUGUGGUGGUGGGGACGACAAAGCCAUGGCCUACAUUAUCCUUCCUCUGCCUAUUUUCCUUUACAUCCAUUAUGUUCACGCUUUUGUGGCAUUUUGCCCCCCCAGGAAAUCAUAAAGUCUUAAUACUUGGUGCUUGCAUAGUCAUUGCAGUUGCAAUAUUACAGACCUUCCAUUGCAUGGUGCCACAAGCUCGAAAACCCGAAUUCUGGGGGGUCCCAUUAAUGCCAUGGAUACCAUCUAUAUCAAUCUUUUUGAACAUAUUUUUGCUGGGGGCUCUUGAUGGACCGUCCUAUGUGCGGUUUGGAUUUUUCUCAGCUCUGGCAGUGCUUGUUUACGUCUUGUACAGUGUUCAUGCUAGCUAUGAUGCUGAAGGGGACGGCUCUUUUGGCACAAAGGACGGUGAAAUCCACAGAGAAUUCGCAGAACGUGAAGACCCUAAUCAGAAGGUGUAAAAAAUAAUAAUAAUAAAAUAAAAAGUAACCAAAAGAACCAUCUUUUCGUUACUUUUUUUUAAAUCCUCUCUUUUUUUCUUUUUGGUAACACCGAUCUUUUCAUGUUGUUGAUUGAAACUUCACAAAGGAGAAUAUAAAAGAGAGAGGAAGAGAUAAGAGAAUAUAAUAGACUGUAAUUUUGCAAAAUUGGCUACCUGUAUAGUUGUUAUUUUCAAUUAGAGCUUGGAUUCUGAUCCUUUUGUACAUUUGGUCCUUUGAUCCAUCAACUCUUCGAGUUUGAAUUUGAAGUUUGACAUAAAUGAAGGCAACCCAA